UCACAAUCUGCCAUUAAUAUUGUCGUAAAUAUAAAAGGUAAGAAGAUUCAAAUUUAUUGGAAGAAUAAGAAUGGUCAAUAGGGUCAGUUCGUGCAGAUCUAUCUGUGCAAUUCAAAAUGCCUUCACGUGUUCCUCGAGAACAGAGUCCACAGUGUGACAGUGUAACGUUCCAACAAACAUCAACCAUAUCCGCAACAAAUCUCACACUCCUCCUCACAAUUUAUCAGCAGCAGAUGAGAGCUGAAAAACAGUAGAAGACAAGAAUGGCUUCACUCUGCACCACACUUCUCUUUUGUCUUCUCCUAAUCCUAUCUUUAGCGGCAGCCGCAGAGUCGCAUCGUACUCCCGGCUUCCUCUACACUCGCACCAGAGGAAGAUGCACCGCGCAGUUCUGGAGCGGGAGGAGGGAGGCGUGGCCGAGGAUGGUUCCGGAGACGUCGACGGUGUCGAACGUGUUCGGGUCUCGGGUCUACGAACACUACAGAUCGGAUCUGACAUUGAUAGAAGCCGCGGCGAGGAACGACGAGGAGAGUAACGCCUUCGGAGGGUUGGUGAAGGAGGGAACCGCGGCGUUGCUUAACUCGUAUGCGAGAGAGGGUUUUCCUUACAAACCCUGGCAGGUUAAGACUUUGGUCAUAAAAGCGUUGGUGUCCCAAGCUGCAGCUGCAUCUCAAGCCAAUAACUUCUUGUUGGCUAACCAGGCUUGCUCCUAAAACCUAAUCUAUUCCUAACUCACUUUAUCAUAUAUUAAAAUUUCCUUACAAACACUCACCAUGAUUGAUUAUCCAUGUUUAGCUUAGUUGUGUUAUUAUUGGGUAAGGUCCACUCGCUUUACCCUUUUUGUUAUUGGUCUUCUCAUGCGAUUUUAUCGGAAUCACUACUCUGUGACGUGAUUUUGGAAUGUUAGAAGGGUAUUUGUUUGUUGAUAAGAAGGAAUCGUUGCAAUGGAGGGAAUUAGUACUCAUUAUGUAUUGCGUCUCUCUAAUUAUCUUUGUUAUUAUCAGUCACCAUGCCUGGUGCUUUCUGAAUUUGUAAGUUCUGGGCUGAGGAAAGUUUAUUCCGACGUCACACAUAAGUUUUUUUUUUAUUCCGUAGCUAUUCUAUUUAUAAUAUUUACUUGUAUAGUGCUGUUUUUUCAUAGCUCAGAAUUCGGUUUACUGGUUGAAAUUUGAUAUCAGCAGAACUAGUUGGUACUAGAGCGGUGAUUUUUUAUUUUUUU